AUGAAGCUCACUUUUAGGAGGAAUCUAGAACAUGUACCUGAUCUUGAGAAGAGGGGAGAACGUAGGAGUCUGCUAGAUCAGAGAUCGACAACUCGAUUUGUUUUGAGGAGCCAAAAGGUUUUAAGAAGAUGCCACGGACAAGUAGAGUGCCCUGGAUGCCCACCUUUGAGAGCCUUGACGACUGACGUGCUCGGUCUUGUAAAAGUUGUCGAAGCUCAUGGAAAGACUGGAAUUCCAAAGGUGGUAGAAACAUGGGGGCAGCCAAAUGCUUCAUCUUGUGUCCUUGCUGCUUCUUAUUCUGAUCACAAAACUGAUCCGCUUUUGGCUGUUGCUCGCAAGAAUGGUUCGGUUGAGUGUCUAAAUCCUAUUAAUGGAGAGGCUUUGGGCAUCACUAAGAUCGAUCAACCCUUAUCACUGGAUGGCUCUCUUAAUGAUGAUCAUGUUGUUGGAUUGCAUCUCUUCAAAACUAAAGGAAUCGAUGUUCCAUCAAGGUCAGUUUCAUUACUUACCUGUCUGGAAAAGGGUAAUGCUUGCUUGAGGUCCAUUCCCGUCGGUGAUGCGCCAGAAAACUCAACUACUGCUUCUCAUAUUACAUGGAAUGUAUGCUCUUCUGGUAAAAUAAUAUGUUCUUCAGUGGAUAAAAGUGAGAAUUAUGCCUUAUUUGGAGGGAAUGGCAUUGAAUUGAACAUGUGGGAUCUUGGAAAAUGCAGUAAGAUCUGGAGUGCAAAAUCUCCUCCUUCUAAUAGACUUGGUAUAUUCUCUCCAACUUGGUUUACUGCUGCAACUUUUCUGAGUGAAGAUGACCAUAGAAAAGUUGUGGCUGGCACGAUCAAUCAUCAGAUUCGUCUUUAUGAUACUUCAGCACUGAGGAGACCUGUAAUUUCAGUCGACUUUAGAGAAUCUCCAAUUAAAGCAGCUUGUGAAGAUCUAGAUGGCUAUACAGUCUAUGUAGGCAAUGGUUUUGGCGAUCUUGCUUCAUUUGAUAUGAGAACAGGAAAACUGAUCGGAUGCUUUAUUGGUAAGUGCUCUGGAAGCAUCAGAUCUAUAGCGAGACAUCCAGAACUUCCCAUGAUAGCAUCUUGUGGAUUGGACAGCUAUUUGCGUGUGUGGGAUGCAAAGACGAGACAACUUCUAUCUGCGGUUUUCCUCAAGCAACAUCUAACAAAUGUGGUGAUCGAUUCACAUUUCUCAGGUUCCAAUGGCAAUACUUGUGAUCAACAAGCUGAUCUACAAGUAUGCGAUGAUACUGAAACCAUAGAUAAUGAUGAAUUGCCAAUCUCUAGCGAGGAUUCUCCAUGA